AUGAUUUAUCGUCUUCCGCUCGUGUGCCUCUGUGUUUUCGGCGGCAUCAGCCCCGCCGUAGCAGAAUCCGAGCUUUGCAAAACCUCGGCGCUGGUACAGACGGCCCGGCAUCGGGUGCAUCGCGAAGCGGAUCGUCUCUCUGUGCAGGAGUGUCCACCGGUUGUGCAGACCGAGGGUGCUUGCACAGCAGCAGCAGAAGGCAUCGGUUUCAUCAAUGCCACAGAGUCCGGCGCUCCCGGCGCCUGCAUCCUGUGGCAGGAGUCGGGGAACCUCACCUUGGAAGACAUGGACGAGGCAUUCUCCUCGAUGGUGAUGGACUCCUUGGCCACAAGAUGCAAGAGCUGCCUUGAUCCGUCUACUUCCUGUGAGCAUCAUGUGCCGGGCAUCUCUUGCUACCAAGGCGUGACUUCCACGGAGGUCUCGUUUUAUGCUCAAUGCCACCAAAACUGCCCUGAGGUCGAUUCAUGGGCUUGUAACAUCUUCUGGGACACGCCGGACUCAGAGCUCCCGGAGAACAGCACGGAAGCUCUUCUAGCCCUCCGCCGGAAGGUCACAGUCCCAGAGUCGGCUGGAGGCAGCUUGAGCCCCACACCUGACGAAGAAGAAGGAAGAGAUGCCCUUCGAGGUGUGCUUUCGCAAGUUUCCUCCGCUCAGAAUCGGUCUCUUCUAAAUUUCCGCGACGGUCGGGCUCGCCGCUCCUCACGCUGCUGGGGCAGUGUCGUGGAUUCAGCCAUUUGUGGUUUCAAUACCAUCACGGACGGCGCGAUCUGUGGCUGGAAUCAAGGCAAGAAGUGCAAGUAUGGUCGGCGCAGGAGGUGGAGCGGCUUCAAGGGAUGUGACUUCUGGAAAACUGCCAAGAACUGCAAGGUCGCAGCCAGCUGCGAUGUCUCGCUGGACGUGCCAAGCUGUUUGGGGGAUUUGUUUCAGGAGGUAAGUAACCCCUACAGGGAGUAUGCCGAGUACAUCUCCAACACGGGGUGCAACAGCGUGUCCUCCUGCAAAAGCCAAGUGGAGGAUGGCCUCGCAGACGUCUGGGAGCUCGUGUACAGUUCCACACAGUCCGGUAUUCUCAACCUGAUGAGAAGUGGCACGGAGCAAUUUGGUGACGUGGCGCCUACUCUUGUCGCCAGGGCCAAGCAGACUUCCGGCACCAUCUUGGACGGCUUGACCACAGCUACCUCGGAGGUUCGGGAAUUCCUCAACGGCGUCUUCGGCAGCUUUCAGAAGCAUGACCUCGGGCGGGUCUGCACGCCGACAGAUGUGGGGUUUUGGUAUUAUGUCCCAACGGACUGUGGCUUCUUCGAGAAGUUCGGGAACAUCUUCUCAAGCCCAUCUGCUGCAGACUCCAACUGGGGUGAUGCUGUGGACCGGCUCCGUGAGUGUACGAUGAAGACUGGCGCCUUCAACUUUCCGACCCCCUUUCUCGACUUCCGAGUUCAGGAGUUCUGUCUUCCCACGGAGGUGCAGACCCCCAUUGAGUACAUCCUUGGGGUCUUCAAGUUUGGUGCUAACGGCGCGACGAGUCUCGUCAGCCACUUCGAAACCAUCGCGGCGAAGGUGCAAAGCUUGGUGAGCUCUUCGGGGUUGGACCUGAUGCAGAUCGGUCAACAGAUGAAGAUUCGGAGGGACGCGCAGCGACAGCUUGCCCUUGGCCAGACCCGCGGAAAUGCCUCCUCUGGUGUCUGGCACCGCUGUGCUUGCGAAGGACGGAAUCACCCCACCAACCCAGACUGUGGGUUGGGGGGCACCUGCCAGUGCAAUGGACAGGUAAGGUACGGCUACGGCAACCAGUGGUACACCAUGACUUCUUCGGGCAGCAUCCAGUGCUCCAAUUCGGUUUUCGGUGAUCCCUUCAAAUACCAGGGGAAGGAAUGCCAGUGCCUCGCCGACCAGGUGGAGAGUGGCUCCUGGGAGCGUUGUGCUUGUGCAAAUAUUGCUCACCCCACUUUCCCGAGCUGCACACUUCCAUCCACUUGCAACUGCAAUGGCCAGGUCCGGUUUGGGUAUGGCGACAAGUGGAGCACAAGCAUGGCCACCGGAGAUAUCCAGUGCGGCACGGGCGUCAUGGGUGACCCGGACCCUGGUCAAGCCAAGGAAUGCCAGUGCUUCAAGCCCAGCGCGAUUCCCAAGAGCACGUGGGGGCUACAGGUUUCGACGUGCUUUGACUGGUCCUUCGUCGCCUUCUCUUUUUCCCUCUGCAUCGGCCUUCUCUUUGGAGAGAAGGAUGGGGAGGUGGUGCUCCCGAACCUUGUAAUGGACGUUGAGUUCGGCGCAACCUCAUUCUAUGAGUCGGCCUUGGAGAACAAGGAGCCGGAGGCAGGAUUCUCCUUGGACUUCGACUUCAAAGAGGAAUAUCCGGCCUUCUUGCCUGCCAGCGAGCCACGUUGGGGCGUUGCGGGCUCCAUGGACGUGGCUUUGGCCGGAGAGCUCGAAGGCAUUUCACAGGUCGGCGGCGAAGUAGGCGUCACCUUCCUGCCAGAUCCGACGGUGGCACGAGGAUACAGCUUCACCCUUAUGAUGGGCACGGACUCCGCCGGUGAGGAAGCUCAGGCAUCCUUGGUGUCUCAGAUGCAGGAGGCGGCGCAGCAGACGAAGACACAGGCGCUUUCCCAGGGCGCUUCCGCCACCGAGGCCGCAGCAUUGAUGGCAGCGGUCGGGCACAUGGCCAAGUCAAAGGACUUCGACCGAAUGUUGGAGACGGCAGUUCUACCUCGUUCAGAUCAGCUCCUUCAAGCCCUGGACUCGGCCGCAACCAAGGCGGUGCCGCCUGUGAAGUUGGAGGUGUCGGUGAGCGCGGAGGUGUCUUUCUCCUUUUGCCUCACGCCGCCGGUGUGCAACGGGCAGUGA